UGCAAAUGAAAAGACAACAUGGCGGAGAAAAGAAAAAUCGGAAAUUGAAGUUUCUCCUACAUUUUGACAAAUAUCUGCUACAAACGCCCAUACUACACAAUGUACAAGUAGAAGGCUGAUAGUGGCUAAGUGAGUCGGAAGCAUAUAGAUGUCCUGUACUUCAUAUACAAUCAACAAAACAACAAUAUGACGAAAGGAGAGACUGAGAUGAACUACACUGCCCCAUUGCCAUUCAGGUGUGCCUGCUCCCCACAUGACAAUUGUGAUGAGGGACAGAACUUCUGUGAAACACAACUCAAGUGUUUUGCUUCCAAGUCUAAAGAUGAGCUGGGACGGGACAUCGAGAACUGGGGGUGCUUUGAUAAAUAUGAGCAGGGUCAGUUGAACUGCAGGACUCCUCCAUCCAACAGGGUGGCUAUUAUGUGUUGUGAAGGAGAGACAUGUAACAGUGGCCUGCAGCCUCAUUACUUAGAAACACCAGCAACUAUCCCUGCCAACAACACUCAGAUGGUCGACUCCAUGCAACUGGCACUAGCCGUCAUUGUUCCAUUUGUUGCCAUGGUGAUUAUCAUCCUGAUCAUUGUGUACUGCUGUCGUAGAUGGCACAGGCGUCGUAUGGAUGUCCUCAAUGAUAGGGAGGCCCAAUUGUACCUGUAUAAUGGGGAGAUUCAGGCCACCCAGGUGGGGGAUAGUACACUACAGGAUCUGUUUGACCACUCUUGUAGCAGUGGUAGUGGUUCAGGUCUCCCUCUCCUGGUCCAAAGAACUGUAGCCAAACAAGUCAGUCUUGUAGAAUGUAUAGGUAAGGGUCGCUAUGGUGAGGUAUGGAGGGGGACCUAUCAGGGAGAAAAUGUGGCAGUAAAAAUAUUCUCGUCUCGAGAUGAACAAUCCUGGGCGAGAGAGAGCGAGAUAUAUAACACAGUGCUAUUACGUCAUGAGAACAUUUUAGGCUUUUUGGCGUCUGACAUGACCAGUAGGCACUCCUGCACCCAACUCUGGCUCAUUACACACUACCAUGAACAUGGUUCCCUUUACGACUUUCUCACCCGAACAGUAUUAGACCGUCAGAGUGUUCUGCGACUAGCACACACUGCAGCUGCCGGAUUGGUUCACCUUCACACCGAGAUAUUCGGCACCCAGGGGAAACCAGCAAUUGCACAUCGUGACAUCAAAUCUAAAAACAUUCUUGUAAAGAAAAACUUGACUUGUUGUAUAGCAGAUUUAGGUCUGGCUGUCAUGCACUCCCAGACCACUAAUAAAAUAGAUAUGGGAAGUAACAAUAAAGUAGGAACCAAGAGAUAUAUGGCUCCUGAACUACUGGAUGAAACAAUGAAUCCUGAGUGCUUUGAUUCUUUCAAGCGUGUUGAUGUAUAUGCAUUUGGCCUGGUGCUUUGGGAGAUCACUAGAAGGUGUUCUAUAUCUGGUAUUGGUGAAGACUACAAACCUCCAUUCUAUGACUUAGUCCCCAGUGAUCCUAGUUUUGAAGAUAUGAAAAAAGUUUGUGUAGACGGGCAACAUAGACCCAGUAUACCUAACAGAUGGUCAACUGAUACAACAUUGACAGCCAUGGCCAAAUUAAUGAAAGAAUGUUGGUACCAGAACCCUGCAGCCAGACUCACAAUGUUGAGGGUGAAAAAGACAGUAGGAAAAAUGCUCGAAAAAGAAACUGAAAAAGAACAUAGCAUCGAUAUCAUUAAGACCUGAGAGGAGUUUCAUAUGUACUCUGCUUGUGCAUUAUAAAUGUCCAGAGGUCCAGGAUGUUGCCUCCACCUGAAGGGUUAUCACAGGGCCCCUAGUCCAACCACUGAGAAAGUCUGGACAGAUAAGAACCAGAGAACCAUGAGUGAUUAGUAAACACUAAACAGACAUCUAUGGACUGCUGUAAAACUGUUAUAGUAAAGGCAGCCUAGAAAGAACUGUUCAGAGGUAAACAAUCUGAAAGGAUUCAUCUGCACCUGAGGAAUACCAAACAGUCAGAUAUUAACCAUACUGAAGUUAUAUGUUAACAGAGACUGGCUAGCUGCUAUGUUUUAAGUUACUACCUAUAUACAUGUAGUGUAUAUGGGACUGUCUCAGCAUUGCACUCCUUGACAUCGAUCUGCCUGGAUGCAACCCAUGCACACCAGGUUACAGUUUAUGUACAUCAGCUAGAGUUCAUGUACAUAAGCUACAGCAUGUACAUUGACUAGAGUUCUUGUACAUCAGCUACCAUGCAUGUACAUUAGCUACUGUGGGCUACAGUGUACCUACAAUGGCUACAGUAUUUGUAAAUCACCUACAUAGCUUGUACAUACGCUACAGUACAUGUACAUUAGCAGGUUCAGGAAGUGCAAAUGUGCAAAGAACAAUAUCUAUAAGUAUAGAUGGCAGAACAGGUGUGAUAUGCAGGAAUACUGCAAUUUGGAUUCUUUUAGAUAACAACACAACUUCCUAACCCAUAACAGCCAAUAUAAUGGAAUAAUGUGGAUCUUCAAAUCCUUGAUGAAUUGAACAACGAACCCUAAGUCAGAAAUAGUACAAAAGUAUAUUAAGAGAAUGCUGUAAUAGCUUACUUAGGUACAAAACAAAUGAGAAAUGAUCUGAUGUGAGAAUCUCCAUAAGGCUGUGUGCAAUGGUAAAAUGUUACUCAACAUGCAGUUCAUACUAAAUAAGAGUUGUGUAAUGGUGGGUUUUGGAUAUAGGAUUUAUUUUGAGAUAUGUAUAAUUCCUGAAAAGGAGCCCACUAUCCAAUAUCUACCAUUAGAUAACUGAUUUAUCCUAUACUAAAUUAAUGAAACUAAAGUGAUUUACCACAAAUAGACAACACCAAUAAGUGGGCAAUAUAAUUUUAUCUCCAAGGGCUUAGAAAGGGAAACCCUGUUUAAAUCAUACAAUCAUUUUCUUCACUUUUCUUAGUACCCCCUCUCUUUACUUGCCAAGUGUGAGAAAAAAGUACUGGAUAUCAGAUAUGCAUACCACAUCAUACCAAGAUCUUUUAUUUAUUCACCAUUUUAACAAGCAAUUCAACUAAAUGUGAUGAUACCACAGUGGCAACCAUUUGUAACAUAACUCUGUUGUGUCACACAAUGUAACAUGAAUACAUUAUGAAUGAAAUGUCCAAUGGGGUCAUUAAAAGAUAGCUUUACCAUUCUACAGAACCUAUUAAUUAUAAUUUAUAUGUUUAUAAAAAUGUAAAAAAUGAUAUGAAUAUAAAUAUGUAAAUAAGAUCAGAAAUAAUUCCUCCUCUAUGUUUGUAGUGUAUAGAGACUUAAAUUAAGUACUGAAGUCUAUAGUUUCAUGUACAGUUGAUUUUCUUCUUGUAUAUAUUCCAUAGUUUUGUGAGGGAGUGUAGACCCUGGUGCUUAGAAAGUAGUUGUGCCAUAGAAUAGAAUCCUAUCUUCCUUACUUGAGAUUAAGCAUCUAUCUUCCAUGCAGAGACAGCUUCAAUGCUUCUCAAUACGUCAUACAGAUCUGCUAUGGUUUUAUUCUCAAUCGACAGAUCAUUUAAUGUUUCAGGAUCUUUUUGAGAUAGGGAACAUUGCUAUAAGACUGAAGAAAAAAAUCAUCAAUGCAAAAAGAUUUUUGGUCAUCAAUUCAAUUCACUCAUUUCAGAAAAAACAUUUUUUGUCAAGAUGCUGAGAAGGUUCAGUCUUUGAUAUUCUAAUGGUCUGUCUGAUUUAAUACCCUUUUUACAUAUGAGAAUAUUCAUGGAGAAUUGACAUGAGAAACAGUUAAAAGAAAAAUUACAAAUAAUCCUCUUGUAGAAUCCCAAUCACAGUUUAUGAUUCAGAUCAGACUAGUCUACAUGGAAUGAGAAAUAUCAUGAUAUGUAUGUAUAUCAACAGUCAUUGUAUUCAUGAUUCAUUGUAAUAACAAUACUACUUGAACUCCCACCCUCCCAUUACCUCUGCCAUGUUAGCUUAAAGGCAUACACAGGCAAACUACAUCAGGACCUAUACCAUGUUUUAAUAGCCAUUAUAUUAACUCUUAAUUUCUAAGUUUUGUAAUACCCUGUCAUUACAAAGUCAAUAUGUUGCUGUUAUACUUGUGGCUUGUACAACCUUGCUGGGACUAAAUAUAAUUUGCCUGUGUAUAUAUCUUAGCAAUUGUGAAAUAAUUUAUUUCGACCCCUGUAUUAAUACCUGCAUAUCUAUAAUGUAUGACUGACUUAAUGUAUUUGGUAAAAAAGGUGCACUAUUGCUCAAGCAUUCAUCACACUAGUGUAGUUCAAACAUUCUAACCCAGAAAUAUUUGAGAAAAGUUUGCUCCCAGAAUAAAUUAUUACAAUAAACUAUAUGAUAAUAUAGAUCUCUGUUUAAAUUAGGAACAUUUUAGUUAACACGUGUCUGUGGUCAGAAUUGUAUAUAACCUUGAGUGACCUCUCUUGUAUAUAUAUCAAAUAUGAGCAUGUCACACUACACACUACAUGUUAAACAUGUGUCUCUAGAAAGUAGGUCAGUUUAUAAUUUACAUAAUGUAUCAAAGGGCCAUGGUGGUUUUCUCUAGCAUGUUUUGAUUGAUUUACUAAGUCCCUCAGUCUAUCUACUUUACCCUUAAUCUAGAGCACUGUGAGCUUUUUUAAGACUUCGAUCUUAUGAGAUAUGUGACUUUUGAGAUGGUGUUACUUGUGACAUAUUGUGAGACUGGUGUGACUUGUGAGGUAUUGUGCCA